AUGUCCAACGAGAUGGAAGUCGACCCUCCUGUCGCACACGACGAGUCCACCGAGCAAUCUGACCGCAGCUUCGAGCCGCGGACCCAAGGAAACGCGGUCGCCGUGCGCAGUAUCGAAGGAUGGAUCAUUCUUGUGUCUAAUAUCCACGAAGAGUCAUCAGAGGAAGAUGUCACUGACCUUUUCGCGGAAUACGGAGAGAUCAAAAACUUCAGUCUCAACCUUGAUCGACGGACAGGUUAUGUCAAGGGCUACGCAUUGAUUGAAUACUCAACUCUCCCCGAAGCGAGCGAAGCCAUUCAGAACCUCAACGGCGCCAAACUCCUCGAGCAGACCCUCCACGUUGACUACGCCUUCGUCCGCCCACCUCCAUCUGCCAAGGGCAAGAACGGCGGAGGGCCCAAGGGCCGAGCUGGCCGUAAUCGCAGCCGCAGUCCCAACCGGAGUCGCAGCCCCGAAGCUGGUGGUGACCGAGAAUAA